CACACGGGGCCUCUAGCUGGUUUUUUAACACCGUGCACCAGCUACAUCCUGGAAGACAAAUAUUUAUUUUAAAAUGCUUGAAGCAAAAUACCCACCUCUGCUUUUAUUUGUUACCACAUUAUUGAUGAUGAGCUGUCAUAGCACUGAACAUGCUGCUGAACAAGAUCCAGGUGUGAAACAUGGUGAAAAUGCUGGAGCUGGCAACUUGGAAACAUUUGAGUUCACCUUCAACUCAACCAAUAUGACUCAUUUGGUCUAUGGAAUUGCUGCCAAUGUGGUUGCUGUGCUGUUGUAUGGAAGCAAUUUAGUUCCUGUAAAAAGAAUAGAGACAGGCGAUGGUAUGUUCUUUCAGUGGGUAUACUGUGCAGCGAUAUGGAUUGUAUCUAUGUUUGCAGACUUAAUACUUCAGUCGCCCAAAUUCCACCCUUUUGCGAUGCUUGGAGGUGUCAUCUGGGCUACAGGGAAUAUAGCAGCUGUUCCAGUUAUUAAAGCAAUUGGCCUCGGUCUUGGGAGCGUAAUUUGGGGCUCUUCAAGUGUGUUGAUAUGCUGGGCCAGUUCAUGGUUUGGCUGGUUUGGAAAUUCUCAGGAUGUUUCCAGGCCGAUAUUAAAUUAUUUGGGAGCUGGGUUGUGUCUGCUCAGUGGCCUAAUUUUUUUCUGUGUGAAAACGGACGUGGAACUGCAUCCCAACUCUGAAUCGAUUCCAUUACUUCUCGAAAGAAGAUCAAGUUCCUCAGCGUUCUGGAUGGAUGUCAUCGGACCAAAGACCAGGCGGUUCAUAGGCUGCCUGCUUGCUGCUGUGUCGGGCCUGCUGUACGGGGCCUCCUUUGCACCCGUCCUUUACAUAAAGAGCCAUUCAUCGUGCCCUAACAGCAUGUUCCAUGGAGCCAGUAACUAUGAGCUCGACUAUGUUCAUGCGCAGUGCUCUGGCAUUUUUGUCGCAAGCACGGUGUACUUUGCCAUCUAUUGUGCUGCCAUGAAUAACAGGCCCAGGGUCUACUCCCGAGUCAUCCUACCAGGUAUAUUGUCUGGAUUGAUGUGGACGUUGGCCACGUACAGCUGGUUCCUGGCCAAUAACUACCUGAGUUCGGUCAUUACCUUUCCUAUUGUCAACACAGGAUAUGGUCUGGUUGCAGCACUGUGGGGAACCUUGGUGUUCAGAGAGAUUAAGGGUUUGGUCAACUGCUUAAUCUUCACCUUUGCCUUCUGUGUUGUGCUGACCGGCUCCUUGCUGACCGUCCUCUCAAAGCUCUAAUAAUGCAGAAGAUUGUCGAGUGAAACCAGCUAGUGAUUGUAAUAUUUUCAUUAUAUACAUGUACACGUAUACUUGUGGUUGAGCCGAACAGAAAGCUAUCUUUUGUUUGGUUGGACUGUCUUAAGAUGCUGCACAUUUGUAUUCAUCACUGACAUGGUGGUUGUUUGUGUGUUACUGUUUUGCUUUUUGGACAGCAGAACUAAAUUAUUCCAUUUUGUCUGCACCAAGAAGCCUUUUAAAAUAAA